GUUUAUCAAAACUUUAUCUUAUCAUCUUCAAUACUGGGGCAAGACAAAGAAUCUACCGUCAGUUGUCACCUUACGUGUUACGAAGCAUGUCUCUCGCUCUUAGAUAAGGAUAAAAGCUUAAUCACCAAAAAUGGAGGGCAGACUCUUCGCUGCCACAAUCGCCACGGUAGCCCCACAAUUCAAGUUCAAAGCCAAACCAAUAAUAGAAAACUUAGUGUUCAAACUCCACUACAAGGCCACCGUGACCAUGCUGGUGGUAUUCGUGAUCCUGGUGUGUGCGAGGGAAUUCUUCGGAGACCACAUCAAGUGCAUAUCGGAUCAGGGCGUGCCGGAACAUGUUAUACAGACGUAUUGCUUCUUCAUGGCGACCUUCACCAUCGUCCGCCACUACAACGAGAGCCUGCUCCAGUCAGGGUUCCUCCCGCACCCCGGCGUGGGACCCCUCGGCGACGACGACGUGACCCUACACCACACGUACUACCAGUGGGUCCCGUUCGUUCUGUUCCUGCAGUCCAUAGCCUUCUACAUGCCGCAUUAUGUUUGGAAGAAGAAGGAAGGUGGCAGAAUCAAAGCUCUGGUGGACGGGCUUCAGUACGCCAGCAUCGCAAUCCAAGGUAGCGACGAUAUGACCGUCAGUGGCCAAACCGUGCCGUGUCAGAAGAGUCUGGAAAAGAAACUUGAUAUCAUCAGGAAGGAUAUCAUUAUGAGGUUAAGAAUAACCAGAACCUGGUCCGUCUGGCUGGUCGCCAUGGAGAUAGUGAACAUGCUGCACGUGAUGCUGCAGGUGUACGUGGUGAACCGCUUCCUGAACGGCCAGUUCAUGGACCUCGGGCCCAAGGUCGUGGGCUUCGGGAACUGGGACUUCAUCGCUGAUCCGUUGGAGACUGUGUUCCCUAAGGUAACAAAGUGUAUAUUCCACAAAUACGGUCCAAGCGGCUCUAUACAGCAACACGACGCCCUCUGUGUGAUGGCUCUGAACAUCAUACACGAGAAGAUAUACGUCAUACUGUGGUUCUGGUUCCUGUUCUUGUUCAUCGUGUCUGUGCUUGCUGUGAUUUGGAGAAUUGGCUCCUUCUUCCUCUAUCGCCGUUCUCUGAGGUUCAACGAGCUGAUGUUCCGUCAAGUAACUGGGGGUAAAUUCAACCCUUACAACGUGAUCAGUGUGGUCAACGGGUGCCAGUAUGGGGACUGGCUGUUCCUCUAUUAUUUGGCGAAGAAUAUGCAGGGCUUUAUCUUCAGAGAACUCUUCGCACGCCUAGCUGAAGAGUUGGAGAAGAGAGACAUGCCCUAUCCUCAAAGUGGUCAUGAGAAGAAGGGGGCGGAGCCAGUCCUCCUCGGCAGAGUGGACUACGAUGAUGAAACACUGCCUUUGAAAGAGAAGACUGCGUUAUGAGCGUUUGAGUUUUGAGGUUUGGUUUAGUAAAUGAUCCUAAUGAUCGGUUUAUUACUUGAAUGUUAAGAUGCUUGUUUUAAAAUUAAAUAACAAGGUAUAUUUGUGAUUGUAAUUUAACUUUUAGUUAUUGUAAUCCACCGUAAAAUGAUACUUUGCUCCAACAUUUGCUCCAAAUUAAAAUCAUGACUCUAUCCUUAUAAUGUACUCACGGACGCAAGUUAUAAAUUAAAUACAUCUACGUUUACCUGAGUAUAUAAAUAUAAUACUUGAAUAUGUAUAAAUUUUAAUAAUUUUACAUGAUUUACCCAUAAGGGAGCAAAGUAGGAUAAUUUUACCCAUAAGGGAGCAAAGUAGGUAAUAGAACAGUAUUCAAAAUGAAUAUUUAGAUAGUCUACCAAUUUUAUAGCGUUAAACCAAAUUAUAAAAUUAAUAGAGGCUUAUUAACUCUUAUGUUAUGAUUAUGAGAUUUGUUAAUUGUUUAUUAAUAUAAGAAUUUUGGAAUGAAUUUAGAAAACUAUGACAUAUUAGGAUUAAGUAUUAAUGAUUUAGAUUUUAGACAAUUUAGAGGAAUGAAAAUACUUCGAGAUAUAUGUAAAAGCUAUCCAAGCUCUUAUUGUCUUAGGGCUCUGUGUACAUUAUGUGUUGAUGUACCUACACAAAUAUGUAG